AUCUCAAAAGUUUUCAGAAAAGUUACACGGAUCAGUCUUCUGGAUUAUUUGUCAGGAUUCUAUGGAUUAAUUCAUUCAGAAUGAAACUGAUCUGCCUAUUGCUGUUGCUUACUAUACAGGGCACAGUUGGGUUCUGUCCAAGUAGAUGCCUCUGCUUCAGGACUACCGUGAGAUGCAUGUUUCUGCAACUGGCCAGAAUCCCCAAAGUUCCCCCAGAAACAACAAUCUUAGAUCUGAGGUUCAACCAUAUAAAAGACAUUCCAGUAGGGACGUUCAGAGGUCUACCGAAGCUCAACACAUUAUUAUUGAACAACAAUCAGCUCACUCGCAUCCAUCCAAAUACCUUCACAGGCCUCUCAGAACUACGAUACCUAUAUUUAUAUAAAAACAAGAUCCAUACAUUGGAGCCAGAUGCAUUCAGUGGCUUAGAAAAACUGGAACAAUUGUAUAUACAUUUCAAUGAAAUUGAAGAGUUAGAGUCAGACACCUUCGCAAAUCUACCAAAUCUUGAAAGAUUGUUUUUACAUAACAACAAGCUGAAGAGAUUACCCAGGGGUGUUUUCUCCCACAUAGGGUCCCUAAGGCGGCUUCGACUGGAUAGUAAUGCCCUGAUAUGUGACUGUCAGAUGAUGUGGUUGGCUGAGAUGAUAAAAAAGAACCGUGGUAACACUCAAGCUGCUGCAACUUGUGAAUACCCUGUAUCACUGAAGGGGAAGACUAUACAGAGUGUUCCAACAGAUGACUUCCAUUGUAAGAAGCCCAGAUUCCUGACAGAGCCAACUGAUAUUGCAGUGACAUUUGGUCACACUGCCCACUUUCAAUGUAGGGCAGAUGGGGAUCCUGCACCUGAAAUCAUAUGGCUCAAAAACAGCAAUGAGAUUGUAACAAAUAGCAUAGAGAGUCGCUACAAGAUCCGCUCAGAUGGCACACUGAUGAUUGAAGACACUACCGAAUAUGACCAGGGUGUAUAUGAGUGUGUCGCAAGGAAUCUUGCAGGAGAGGUGAAAGCAGUUGGAGCAAAGCUACGUUACCUAAGUGAUCCAGCGGUUAAUCGUAAAGAGCGACCUGCUUUCGUUACUCGUCCCAAUGACCUGAACAUUGUACAAGGACUCAACAUAAGACUGGAGUGUUCAGCCAGAGGUACACCACCCCCAGAGAUUACAUGGACCAAGAAUGAUCUCCCCUUACCCAGGAAUAGGAGAAUCUCAGCCAGCCCCCAGGGCAUCUUGCAGAUUAUAAAUGUCCAGUUUGAAGACAGAGGGAUCUACCGCUGUACUGCAUCUAACAACAUAGAUACGCUACAUACAACAGCUCGGGUCUUGGUUCAAGUUAAACCAACCCUCACUGAGAAGCCUAGAGACCAAACUAUCAUAGAGGGUCAUGGAGUACAGUUUGUUUGUCGUCCUGAGGGUCAUCCCAACCCUGUCAUAACAUGGACCAAAGAUGGUGAUCCAAUUCCUGAUUCAGGAAGGCAUAGAAUUACAAGUGCCGGGGCUGUUUUGAAGAUAGAUCAGGUCACUAGUGAAGAUGAAGCCAUCUACAAGUGUCUGGCAGUAAAUAUAGCAGGAAGGGCUGAUGCUGCUGCCCAACUUCGUGUCAGACCUACAGUACCUCCUCAAUUCACCCGAAUUCCCUCAAACACUCAAAUACAUGCCCUAACCCACCUCCUGCUAGAAUGUGCUGCCAGUGGUGACCCACAGCCAACCAUCCGCUGGAAGAAAGAUGGUCUCCUAGUCCCACAGAACCGACGUGUCAUUACCUCACAGAGUGGAGAUCUCACAAUAUUUAACAUAACCACAGAUGAUGGUGGGACCUAUGAGUGUGAAGCUGAAAAUAGCGGUGGUUUUGUUUCUGCACCUGCGAGAGUGUAUGUACUUGGUAAUGAAAUUCCAUUUGAUGGCGAUGUGUUUGUUCGGAAUGCAAUUGAUGAAGCUAUCAACAAUGUUGACAAUGCUAUCAAUCAGACUAAACGUGAACUACAUGAUCGUACAAGGAAAAGGACCCCUCAAGACCUGUUGGCCUUAUUCCGCUACCCAUCCAACAAUGCCCAGCAACUAGGGAGGGCUGCUGAAGUGUAUGAGAGAACUCUAGAGCUUAUAUAUAACCAGGUGCACGAAGCUAAGACAAAUUACAAUGUAUCUGGAUCAAAAAUGCGCUUUGAAGACAUCAUCUCUCCAUCUCAUCUGAAUUUGAUUGCCAAUAUGUCAGGGUGUCAGACUCACCGUCAAACUGUGGACUGUCGAGAUAUGUGCUAUCAUCAGAAGUACAGGACACUUGAUGGUACAUGUAAUAAUCUGCAGAAAACAAUGUGGGGUUCCUCAUUAACACCAUUGAAGAGACUACUGAGACCUCAUUAUGACAAUGGAUUCAGCACACCAGUAGGAUGGAAUCGAACUAAGCUUCAUUUUGGCCAUCCAAAACCCAGCGCUCGUCUCAUCUCCACUCAGAUUGUGUCAGCCUCUCGUGUAGAGCCGGAUGAACAAUAUACACAUAUGUUGAUGCAAUGGGGUCAGUUCCUUGACCACGAUAUGACCUUCACCCCUAUGGCUGUCAGUAACGCUCAGUUCAGUAAUGGAGCUCAUUGCAAUGAGACAUGUGAAAAUGUUUCUCCAUGUUUCCCAAUUAAUGUCCCGCCUCAUGAUCCAAGGAUCCAUCGACAUCGAUGCAUGGGUGUUACUCGGUCCAGUGCCAUCUGUGGAUCAGGGAUGACAUCAGUAUUCUUCCGGAAUGUUCAUCAUAGAGAACAAAUGAACCAAAUCACUGCAUUUAUUGAUGCAUCAAAUGUGUAUGGAAGCUCUGAGGAAGACUCUCAUGAUCUCAGGGAUCUAUCGUCAGAACGUGGAUUAUUGAGAACUGGCUUGAUUCUAAAUAAUGGGAAACAUCUAUUACCUUAUAAUGUUGAUGCCCCAGUUGACUGUCAGGUGGACCCUAACAAUGCUCAUAUUCCUUGUUUCCUGGCUGGGGACCAUCGUGCCAAUGAGCAGCUAGGUUUGCUCUCUAUGCAUACUAUAUGGAUGAGGGAACACAACCGUGUGGCUACUGAGUUACUCAGACUUAAUCCACAUUGGGAUGGUAACAUGUUGUUUCACGAGGCUAGGAAAAUAGUAGGUGCUCAGAUGCAACAUAUAACAUACAAUGAGUGGCUUCCAAAGAUCCUAGGAACUAAUGGUAUGGAACAGCUAGGGGUAUACAAGGGCUACGAUCCAACCAUUGACCCAACUAUUUCAAAUGUAUUUGCUACUGCUGCAUUUAGAUUUGGGCAUACACUGAUCAACCCAUUUAUAUAUCGGCUGAAUGCAACAUUCCAGGAAACCAGGGAGGGACAUCUCCCCUUACACAAGGCAUUCUUUGCACCAUUUAGGAUUGUUGAAGAGGGUGGCAUUGAUUCAAUAAUAAGAGGUAUGUUUGGAGUAGGGGCUAAAAAGUUCAAACCAGACAAUCUUCUGAACACAGAGCUAACGGAGAAGCUGUUCAAACUGGCCCAUGCUGUGGCUCUAGAUCUGGCUGCACUUAACAUCCAACGAGGACGGGACCAUGGACUCGCUUCAUAUAAUGAAUGGAGAAAAUUUUGUGGCCUUUAUGAAGCAGAAACAUUUGAUGACCUUGCCCCUGAGAUACAAGACAAUUAUAUAAGGCGCAAACUAGCAGAUAUAUAUGGUCAUCCAGGAAACAUUGAUCUUUGGUUGGGAGGUCUGGUGGAGGACUCCUUAGAUGGAAGUAUGUUGGGACCAACCUUCCAAUGCAUCUUACAGGACCAGUUUAGGAGAAAUAGAGAUGGGGAUAGGUUUUGGUAUGAGAACCCCGGUGUUCUGAAGCCUGGUCAAUUGACUGCUAUAAAGCAAACUUCUCUGGCACGUGUCUUAUGUGACAAUGGUGAUGAUAUUAAGAGGGUCCAGCGAGAUGUAUUUAAGAGAGCUGACAUUAGACAUGAAUACAAGGAUUGUGAAGAACUCCCAUAUGUAGACUUAAAACUUUGGACUGAUUGUUGCCAUGAAUGCAGCAAAUCAGGAGAGUUCAACUCUAUAACCAGUCAAAUAUAUCGCAAGAAACGAUCUCUAGAAUACAGUUUUCCGGAAGAUUCUCCACAAAAUGUUCAAUCUGAUGUUCCUUUCUCAAUAAAACUCACAAACAGAACAUUUACAAGGUCCAAAAUAAAGGAGCAUAAAAAACCUGUGAAGCAAGAUAACAAUAUGCCAAGUAUUAACAUUGAUAUGCCAAAUCUGGACAAUGAUAUGCCAAAUAAACUGAGUGGCUCUCAGGUUGACUUAAUUGAUGCCCGUAUAGAGGGUAUGGAGACAGUCAUGGGAGACAUGCAAAAACAAAUUAGAAAGUUACAUAAAAAGGUCAAAAAAUUGGAGAAAAAAUUACGAGUGGAAGAAACUUCAUGCCUAGAUGACCAAGGCAAGAAGCGAGCAGAUCGGGAACGGUGGAAGGUUGAUGAUUGCCAGAAGUGCAUAUGCAAAUAUGGUAAAGCAGAGUGCAGCAUAGAGAAAUGUCAUCCAGUAAAGUGUGACUAUCCAAUUUACCUACCUGGCAAGUGCUGUCCUAUCUGUUAGUCAUCCUCCCUUUGACAUGGACCAUAUUUGAAUAUGGCGAGAUAAAUGUGAUCAAUCAACUAUGCAAGGAUGGGUACAACAAUUGUAUCCUGAACUCAUUAACCAUUAUUGGUUGUACAUUAUCUAUAUAAUCAACUCAUAUCAUUCUAAUAUAGUGUCAACACCAAUUCUGCAGUAAGCUUAAAGAUAAAUGAGUACCAGCUCAAUAGUGUGACACCUCUACUCAAAACUGAACGAUAACAUUUCACCAGCAUAUUCACAAUAGGACACUUCUACUUUGACCAUGGAUAUAGAUCUACUUCUCAUAACCUUAGCGACAGUGAGAUGGUCUACUUCUCAUUACCAUAGCAACCAUGAGAUACCUCUAGUAAUCUUCAAUUUAGCAACUACAAGAAACAUUUGCACAUUAACAUAGCGACAACCAUGAGAUGCAUCUUCUCAUCAAGAUAGCGACCAUAAGACCAAAAUUGUGGUUUAAUACAAAGAGAAUAGUUGAAACUCUAUCGUCAGAUUUUUACUGAAUCUUUGUUUCCUGAAAUACCUCAAUUUCCUAGUCUUAUUUUCCAUGGAAAUCCAUGACCAGUGUGAGAUUUUACUUAACAACAAAAUACAUGAUGUACAGUAAAAUCUGUCUAAUCUGAACAGGUGGCAGAUGUUCUUCUUUUGAGUUUUUUUAACAUGGAAGUCUAUAGUCUAGGUAGACUAAAAAAGGGGGACUGAAAAAAGCAUAUUUUAUGAUAUCCAGAUUAUGUUAAGAUUAAAUAGGUGUUCAGAUAUACAGGUUUUACUGUAUGUCACUUCAUCCAUGGUA